CUAUCACUGCAAGUCUGCAACACUUCCUCCUCUCUUGCUCUCACACAUACAAAGCAGCCCACCAAUCUCCAUCUUUCCCCUUCCCUUUCUUCCCAACAAAAUUUUUUAUCGUAUCCAAUUAAGUUUUUUCAAAGCUUUUGUAAAAGUUUUAUAACUAUGCAUUGACAGAGAGCAAUAAAAAGAAAGGGAAGAUCCAUGAAUCUGGAGAGAGAAAAGAACGAUCUUGAGUUCUUUGGAGUUCUUCAUAGUGAUUUCUAGCAAUACACAAGGAAAAGAGGUGAAAAACAUGGCGUUUUUGCUCAACAAAACCGCUCUCUCCGCACUCCGGUUCAAUUCCAGGUACAAAUCAAAUGAUUCGCUGGCACUCUCAAGGCGUGGAUUUCAUGUGGAGCCAGGGAUUCGCGAGAAGGCGCUCUUGGCAGAGGACUCUUCUCUAAAACGCUUCAAAUCACAUAAGCAAGGAGUACGGCGACUCAAAGUUGUAGGAGAUAUUCUUACCGUUGUAGUUGUAGCUGGAUGCUGCUAUGAGAUCUAUGAUAGAGCAGUUAGGCGAGAGGAAGCUCGUAAGAAGGCAACUUAAGAGUGUGCGCUGCCCGAUCAGUCAGUUUGAUAUUUUUGCUCUAGCAACUUGUUCGAACUCUAUUGCUGGUUUGAAAUAAAUGCAAAAAAACUCGUGGUGCUUUUUAGCUACAAGAUUGCAAGUUGAAUUUUUUCUGUAUUGUACAGAUGCAAUUUAUUGCAUUAACUUGCUCACAAACUAUAUACUACUUGUGUUGAAUCUCA